AUGCCCUCGGCCACGCCCACGAACGGGCCGCCCGCGCGGGGUUUCGGCGUCGCCGGCGCCCACCGCGCAGGCGCCGAGGGGCGGAGCGCAGCGGUUCGGCGCCUGCGCGGUCCCGCCCCUCCUCUCUUCCCCCCCCCCCCCCCUCAGGCCACCAUGAUGAUGGCGGCGGCGGCGGCGGCCCCGCGGCUCCGGCCGCUCCUGCGGGCCCUGAGGGCGCAGGUCAGACGCUGCGGGGGCCUCUCUGCCCUCGGAUCACCCCCCCGGCGCUCGGACCCGCACGGCGAGGCCUCGCCACCGCCCAGACCCCCGUGGGGCAGGACCCGUCGGCGGUGCCGGUGUCGGCGGACCCCCCCCGCCGUGGAGGCGGAGGUGCGGCUGGAGGAGCUGGGGCUGGGCGCUUUCACCCCCGUGGGGCUGGUGCAGAACUUCCUGCAGUUCCUACACCUCGACGUGGGGCUGCCCUGGUGGGGGGCCAUCGCCGCGGGGACGCUGGGGGCCCGGCUGGCCCUGCUGCCGCUGCUGCUGCGCGGGCAGAGGGAGGCGGCGCGCCUGGCCGCACACGUGCCGCAGCUCCAGCAGCUCUCCCAGAGACUGGCCGAGGCGCGGCGGGGAGCAGACCAGUUCCAGGUGGCCCGCGCCUACUCGGAGCUGGCGGCCUACCAGAAACGCCACGACGUCAACCCCCUGCGCGGCUUCCUGGUGCCCCUGGUGCAGACCCCCCUGUUUGUUUCUUUCUUCCUAGCGCUGCAGAAAAUGGCGGCGGCGCCGGUGCCGGGGCUGCAUCGAGGGGGGUUGGCCUGGUUCCCCGACCUGGCGGCCCCCGACCCCUACUACGUGCUGCCGCUGCUGGUCACCGCCUCCACCUGGCUCGUGCUCGAGGUGGGGGCGGAGACGGGCGUGGCCAGCCCGGGGGCGGGGGCGGUGCGGCAGGUCCUGCGCUUCCUGCCCCUCCUCUUCCUGCCCUUCAUCCUGCACUUCCCCACGGCGGUGUUCACCUAUUGGCUGACGUCGAACACCUUCAGCCUGGCGCAGACGGCGCUGCUGCGCGUCCCGGCGCUGCGCGCCCGCCUCGGCGUGCCACCCCCCGGAACCCCCGGACCCGGCACCCCCAAACCCGCCGGGGGGUUGCUGGGCCGCCUGCGCCAGGAGUGGCGGGAGGCGCGGGCGACGCAGCGCGGCGAGGAGCGGCAAUGGCGCAUGCGGCAUCACCUCGACCUGGCCGCCAAGGGGCCGCUGCGCCAGACCUUCGCCCAAAACCCGCUGGCACCCCCGGGGGGGGCACCCCCCGCCCCCCCGGCCCGCCCCAAGCGCCCCUGGAAGGAGACGCUGGGUUAAAAUGGGGGGGGGGGCACCCCAAUAAACACACCUUUACAAUA